GUGAUGAGUACUAUGUCUCGAAAAAUCAUUAAUUUAGUGAAUGAAAAAUAUGAUAAUUAUGACGUUAAUAAAGAAAAUACUUCUGAAGCUUGUGAUAAUGUUCAAAAUGAAGCGGAAAGAGAUUCUCCACUGCCUUCAAAUGCGAAUUUUACCCAAGAAGAAUUAUCAAUAUUAGAUGAUAUUGAUUUGGAAGAUACCGAUAUCUUAUUACAAAAUCUGCCAUCAAACUCUUCUAUUUUUCCGAAUGAUAUUGUAAUAAAACUGGGACCUUGCUACCUACUAACUCUUCACCGUCAUCAGUAAUUGAAGAUUCUCAACCAAACACUCCUAAUCCACAUAUUUUUUAUAAAAACUCAGAGCCUCUUGAAUCGAAUAUCAAAGAAAAGCUUAGCACUAGUAACUAUCAUGAAAGAUCAGGCGAGGAUACUCCAAUGCCAUCACCUUAUAUUGAUUUUUAUCCUUCACCAAUUUGUGUUUGUCUUGAUAAUCCUGCCGCUACGCCCGCAACUGACGUUAACGAUACAGACUCUCCAGUAACUACUCCAACUUUUCAGAGACGUAAGCGAAUUUUUGGAACUAAAAAAAGCAAAGGUAGAAAAAGAGAACGUUGUCUGAAGGACUGGAAGGAUGAGGUAAGGAAACAAAAUGUCAACAGAGGUUUACAAUAUAUUAGUAGAAAUGGAAAAGUGCAUAAUAAAAAACUACUGAAACCUUCAUGUCCUACAACCUGUAGAAAGAAAUGUUAUGAAAAAAUAUCCGGAGAGACUAGAUCAAAGAUAUUUAAAACGUUUUGGGAUAUUGGAGAUCAUUCCAGGCAGUCGGACUUUUUGACGAAGUAUGCUACCAAAGAAAUAAAGAAGAGGAUAACAACAGACAAGGAGAAUACUAAAAGACUGAGUACUAUUUCUUAUACUUUACCUAUUUACGAAACAGACAACGUUGUUAUAAGGAAUAUACCUGUAUGUAAAACCAUGUUUUUAAAUACCUUAUCUAUAAGUUUCAAUUUCCUUUAUACAGCUUUAGAAAAACUAGAGAAAGGACAAGGAGCUGUACAGUCUGAUCAGCGAGGAAAGCAUGUUCACCAUCAGAAAAAAAUAACUGAUGAAAUGAAACAAAGUGUGCUUGACCAUGUUGCAAGUUUUUCGCCUGUGGAAUCACAUUAUAUUCGUAAAGAUUCCAACAAGAAGUAUCUUGACGGGUCUCUAUCGUUUCCUAAAAUGUUUAGACUGUAUGAAGAAUGGUUUGAUUCCAGUAAGUACACAAAUAAAAUAACUAAUGAGCAGCAAUAUCGUUACAUUAUCAACAACAAUAUAAACAUUAGUUUCCAUAAGCCGAAAAAAGAUGUAUGUGAAGAAUGUCACAUAUUUGAAAAUAAUAAACAACACACAGAACAAGAAGCAGAAAAACAGGCAGAGCACUUGAAACAAAAAGAUUUAGCAAGACAGUUAAAAGCAGAAGACAAAGAAUUAGCGCAACAGAAUCCAGAAAUACUGACAGCCGCUUACGAUCUCCAAGAGUGCUUGAAUGUACCCCAUGGGAACGUAAGCACAUUUUAUUAUAAACGAAAACUGACCGUUUAUAAUUUUACUGUUUUUGAUCUAGGACAUCGUCAAGGUUAUUGCUUUGCCUGGCACCAACAAACUGCUAAAAGAGGAGCAAAUGAAAUUGCUAGCUGUGUUUUUAAAUUUAUUGAACAAACAGAUAUGGCAGGUAUAAAAGAUUACCGAUUCUGGUCUGAUAACUGCAGUGGUCAGAAUCGGAACAGAAUCGUUUUUUUAAUGUAUAUGAUGGCAAGUUAUAAAUACAAAAUAAAAAUUAGUCAUCGUUUUCUGAUUCUGACACCCAAAACGAGGCAGACAGUAUGCAUGCGCUUAUAGAAAGACAGACGAAAGACACAAUACUAUAUACGCCUGCCCAAUGGUACAUGGCGUUUCAAUUUGCUAAAACCGACGAUAAACCUUAUAAGGUCACCGAAGUGUCUCAAGAUAUUGUGAUGGACUUCAAAACAAUGCUUACAAAGGUUAACAACCUGAAUUUUGCCUGUGAUGGAUCUAAGAUGCAAUGGAAUAAAGUCACUGAAAUAAAAAUUGAGCCAGAAAAUCCUUACAAAUUAUGUUUCAAAACUAGUUACAUGGCAGAUUCUUAUAACUGUAUUGACUGUGCUAAUAAACCUAAAGCAACACGUAAUCAAACUGUCCCUAAUAUAGAUUUUCGUGAUCUUCGCCCAGCUUACAACAGGCCAAUCCCAAUAGAUAAAAAUAAACACAAAGAUUUAAUGGACAUGUGCAACAAAUUAGUGAUACCUAAGGAAUAUCACUCGUUUUUUUCUAGUUUGAUUAAGACUGACAGCAAUAGAAAUGAAAGCGAUUCAGAAUAAUUAAUAAUUUGUCUUUUUUCUUUGUUUAGAUUGUUUUUUUUUUCGUAGAUAAUUAUUAAGUACUUAGCUAAUAAGUACAUUUUUUGAGACUGAUUUUAUUUGAUACUCAGUAUAAGAAUAAUAAUAAGAAUUGUGAUUUUCUUUAAAAAAAAAAUAAGAAAGAUUUAUUUUGUUUGUUUUGUUUCUAAAUUAUAGUGAUUUCAAACAAUUCAUAAAUAAUUCUCCUAUUUUACAGAAACGUGCAAGUUGUAUUUUUAUUACUUAAGACUAGACCAACUUAAGUUUUUGUUUCUAUUGGUACCUAGUAUUGUUGAUUUUUUUUUUAUUUUUUUGUUAAUUUUAUAGAUAUCCUAAAGUUGUGCUAAUGUUACCAAUACCAAUUUGAUUCUCUCUUUG